UCUCCUUCAUUCCAAACCUCCGCAUUUUCUCUCCCUUCUUGCUCAUUCAUUUUCUCUCAUUACCCAUUCACCUCCCUCUCUUCCAUGGCGUCUUCACUGCCCUCUGCAUCAGCAGCUGCUCCUGUAAACAACAACAAGAAUCCCUCUUCCUCUUCAUCUAGCCAUUUCAAGCGCUCUUUUCUUCGCCUACCGAGCCAGGAGCACCAUGGCGCCUCUUAUCGGGGCCCAUAUCGUAAUGGCUGCAUGGUUCACAGGGCCCAAUUGAAAGAUAAUUCAGAUCUAAAAUCUGCGAGCAAGUUGGAAGUGCCGGAAACCAAAGACGAAGAAAAUCCCGAGCCUGCAAAGCAGCCAACUCGUUCUUCAUCUGUAUCGGAGGAAAGAAUAUCUGAUUUCAUGGCCCAAGUAUCAAGCCUAGUCAAGCUGGUUGAUUCACGAGACAUUGUGGAGCUCCAAUUGCAACAGCAUGAUUGCGAACUUACCAUAAGAAAAAAGGAAGCCUUACCUCAACCACCAGCUCCUGCUCCUGUUGUUAUGAUGAAUUCACCACUAGCACAUGCGAUGGCUCCUUCACAAAUGUCAAUUGCUUCUCCACCUGCUCCUGCACCUGCAGGUCCUGCUGCCCCAGCUGCCACAAGUCCUGCCCUUCCCCCACCUGCUCCAAAAACUGGAAAGUCAUCACAUCCACCUUUAAAGAGCCCAAUGGCAGGGACACUUUAUCGUUGUCCUGGUCCUGGUGAACCGCCUUUUGUCAAGGUUGGUGAUAAAGUUAAGAAAGGACAAGUGCUUUGCAUAAUUGAAGCCAUGAAACUGAUGAACGAAAUUGAGGCUGACCAUGGGGGAAUAAUAAUCGAAGUCCUUGUGGACGAUGGCAAAUCUGUCAGCGUGGACACUCCGCUUUUUGUGAUUGAGCCAUGAACCUCUAAUGAAGAAGUUCAGUUUUCUUGGUAGAGUUCCUAUGGUAGACCACAACCUUUAAACGUCAAGAGGAAGAGAGAGAGCGAGUAGUGAAAUUGUCCAGUGUUGCGAACACAUACUAAUUUGUUCUAUUAUUUUCUUUCUUUUUUUCUUUUUUCCUUUGCUAGAAAAAAAAAAAAUGAGGAAUAUUUAAUUCAUCAAAAAGGCGGCAUUGCCUUUUGUCAACAUGCACCUGGACAAUUCUUGUAUUCGUGUUAUUUAUUAUUGAGCUAUGGUUCUUAAAAACACUUGAUCGGGAGUAAUAAAAACGAGAUUGUAUACAAUGAGACUAUUUACUGAUAUAAGGAGGUCACAAUUACCUACAA